AUGAACCCAACCACCACUACACACACCAACCUUCCUCCCCCUCCUUCCCCCUCCUUCGCUGCCCUCCCCACCGAGAUCCUCUUUCUCAUCAUCGAACAACUCCAUCUCGACGCCAAGGAGCUCUACUACGCGCCUUACAAGUCCCUCUCCACCACGGAGGACCAUGACCGAAGCAAUCACGGCCUUAGCCGCACUUUGCCGUACUUGCCGUCAGGAUUCGACAGAGAUAUCCAGCGACUGUACAGUUUGGUUCGUGUACUUGGCGAAGAGAACGGGGUUGCUGACCUGGUGAGGUUUUAUGCAGAUCCCGGAACAAAACAUCAGGACAGCUUGAGAGCAGUCUUGGAUCACUGUUGUGAUCUUGAGCGAUUCCUAUUGUCCAUGUCGGCGAAAGACACACAGUCGUACCAAACCUUGUUCAUUUUAUUGAACAAGUAUACUCCAUUCUUGAGCAUGGUGGCGCACAACGACAGCCUUUUGGAUGAUUUGCGCGUGCUGGUCGCCCUCAUCCCGGCCGUGAUUAUCUGUCACUGCCGCAACAUAAAAUGGCUCAAUCACUUGACUAUUGGUGACAGAAGAGGCCGCAACCGGACAGACCAGCAGUUCCCAUCCUUCCACUUGGAAGCCUCACCUCACUGGUUCUUCAUUAUUGCUCUUUCUUGGGGAAAGCGGAUCUGGUCAACAUUGUCAGCGCUUGUCCCAGGUUGGAACGCUUCGUGUUCACAUCUGAAGCCAGCCCAACAGUUAGGAGAGCCGACGCCAAGGGACUUUGCCUUUCUUGGGCCCGCGCUGGUCUUGAGAGCUCUGAGCCCUCUUUCACAACAACUCAAGGCAUUGUCCAUCGAGUAUGCGCCAAUGCUCGAUUACAUCUUCACGAACGUGCCAAACGAUGCGGACUCCGACGACGACGACGACAUUAAUCCCGACGACAACAUGGACGCCAACGAAAACCUGGUUACGCAUCUUGGAUACUUCCCAAACCUCAAAAUGUUGCGAAUUUGUCACAGAGCUUUACGGUGGACGCAUUCUGACGGUCUCGUAAAAGAACAGCUAGUCAGACUGACCGAAGGAUGUCCACGUCUUGAGUCGCUUGACAUCACGCAGAUCGAUAUCAGGGACACCCAGAUCCGGCCACAACUAGAAGGUCUGGUGGCCGUGGCCGGUACGGAUGCUAUACCAUUGUUGAAGGGAUUGAGGGUAGGCAUCCUCAAAAACCAAGGUCGAGAUAAACCAGUACAAUGGACAAGGGACGACUCUUGUCCACAUCUAAGCGAUCUGUUCGCCAAAGAAUACCUCGCCACUUAUUCAAAAACUGGCAUAAAGCUUUUGAUUGACAUCGAAUCCUUUUGGCAGAAAAUGGCAAUCCUGCAAACUUUUCCCGCGGUUCAUGAAGGCGUUCAUGACACAGUUACUGUCCAUCCCUAUCUGGAUGAGAUCACGGGGGCUGUGCAGGAAAGGGAAUCAGUAGCACGCCGAUAG